AUGUUUGGCCCAAGGCAGCUGGUAUCUACUCUCCUGCCUGCGGUUUUCCAUUCACCAGCGGCUCACUUCUUCCCUGCUUUCCCAACCAGACUGGGCUCUCAACCUCACAUCCUGAUCCCGGGGCCUUUUAUCAGCUAUCAAUCCUUGAGGAAUUAUCUGCAGCCGGAGCCAUGCAAGGAAGCUUUGCUCCUGGCCACACAGGCGGUCGGGAUGGGGCCGCUCACAGAGGGCACAGAUGAACAGAGGCCAGUGAAGCAGCGUCGCGCACGAGCCAACUACAGCAGCUGGCAGCUGGAGGAGCUGGAGAAGGCCUUCGAGACCACCCACUACCCAGACAUCUUCAUGAGGGAAGCCCUGGCCGUCAGACUGGACCUCAUCGAGGCCAGAGUACAGGUUUGGUUUCAAAACCGCCGUGCUAAGAUGAGACGACAGCUGAAGCUCCAGGGCCAGCUUGCAGGGCCUUAUGUAAACACAGACAAUGAUGAAACCUCUGAGAAAGCAAGCAGGAGUUUAAGGCAGCAGACAGAGAGCUCUGACGGCGAGCACUACGAGAGACGACAGGAAGCAGAGGAAAACUAUCCAUGGACAAAAGCAGCGGGUGUGGCGCUGAGCGCACGCAUGCAGCCUGCGAGCCAGAGGUCGGGGAAGUGGGAGAGGCCGGAGGGGCCGAGCUCAGAGGAGCUCCGCUCCUCCAGCAUCGCCACGCUGAGGGCCAAAGCCAGAGAGCAUGAGGCCGAGAUCCACAGCACUGUAAACAUGACAGGAGGCGACACACAGUCACAAACACAGGAAGCUGAUGCCAUGCACAAAGAUUGA